AUGCCCGCUUCCAAGUGCGUCUGCACGUCGGCCACUCACGCCGGGUCCUUCAAGUGCCGCUUCCACCGCACCAACUCCCAGGGCCACGACCACAGCCAGGUCCAGGGAAGCCGCCCUUCUUCCGCCCCUUCACCGGCCGCAGCCAACGCGGUGCCGCGGCACCCGGCCUCGCCAUCCUCGUCCUCAGGCACCGUUGCGACCCAGUGA